ACCCACUCCAGUCCACAAACCGACCGAGAGCUUGGCUCUCGCCUUGCCAUGUCGGUCUGCGGGGUGCUGACCUGGCUCGGGCACAAGGAGACCUUUGUGGAGAAUGGCCGGCGCAGCGAUGGCUGGGACUUGGAACACCACGGCUUUUGCCUUUUGGAGGACAUGCCCAUGCCCCUGGACGAGCAGAAGCUCAAGGCCCCCUGCUGCGGGGGGUUCCGCUGCUCCCGGCCAGUGCUCUUCGGCUUCAAGGACAACCAGGCUGUAUUGCUGACCACGGAAGCGCGUGAGGAGUCCUUUGGUCUCGGCACCUGGCUGGGCUACUACCAGCACAUGGCUCAGGCGGCGAAGAAGGCCUUCCCAGAGGCAGAGUACGUUGCUUUGCCCGGGCACUCCAUUUUCUCCGCAGAGCUUUCGCCGCUCAGGCAAGUGGCCUGCGCUCUCCGCAGAUGCUUCUUGGGCGCCUCGAAGCUCCUAGGCGGAGAAGCCAUGCCGGCCAUGGGCGCCGUGCCGGACUUCAUCCAUGCGGACCACAGCGUGGAGGAAGGCACGCAGCUGGUGUCUGCAGCCCUCAGCGAGUUGAGCCGCAUCAAGACUUCCAAGAAACGGCGCGUGGUUGCCAUGAACAUGUGGCGGAAUGCGCGCUCUUCGCCCAUCAAAAAUCAUCACCUGGCAGUGGUGAAUGCGCAAACCGUGUCUGAUGAGGAGCUAAGAGCAGCCAAGUUUAAGAACUACGCCAUGGGCGGAUUGCAGCAGUACCACAUGACACAUUUGGAGCCCCAGCACAGGCUGGUCUACUUCCCCCACAUGCAGGACAAGGAGAUCCUGGCCUUCAAGCAGGGUUCCUACGAGGUGUCCCCCGCGCUGGACCACACACAAGUGCCUUGCACCGAGUGCAUGGUGACACCUCAGGCGGAGGUUCACGCGAGCCACGUGCUGCACACCUCGUUUCUGGAUCCCACAGCACCCUCAGAUGCGGUGCCACGGAAAGCGAUUGCUUGUGAGGGAAUCCUCGUCUUCAUGCAUGAGGCGUAAGAUGCAUUUUUGACUGCCCCUCCCAAGCUCGAGAUGAACGAAGCCUCAGUUGUCCAAAGCGAAUCGACCGGA